GGCAAGGGCAUAUCUCGUCAGUCACACAAGUUUCUCGGCAAUUGAUCUCGACGGUUGCUGGCGGUCGUCGAAGACAUCUCGACCGGUUCAAAGUCGCCCACGAAAAAGACGUUAUUGGACAUUUCGUCGUCGACGUGAUCGCGCAAAACAGAGAGGACUAUCCAGGUGCCAGUCCGGACAUUGUCGAGCAGACUCUUCGCCAGCUUCGAAAUGCCGAUCCAGAGCAUCAAGGCUCGUCAGAUCUACGAUUCUCGCGGUAAUCCCACCGUCGAGGUCGAUCUGGUCACCGAGAAUGGGCUCUUCCGGGCAGCCGUACCUUCCGGAGCUUCUACGGGCGUCCACGAGGCGCUGGAACUGCGCGAUAACGAUAAGAGCAAAUACCACGGGAAGUCGGUCUUCAAGGCCGUAGACAACGUCAACCUCACCAUCGCGCCGGAGCUAGUCAAGGCCAACCUGGAUGUGACCCAGCAAGCUGACAUCGACGCGUUCCUGUUGAAGCUGGAUGGCACCCCAAACAAGGCGAAAUUGGGCGCCAACGCCAUCCUGGGCGUCUCUCUUGCGGUCUGCAAAGCUGGCGCCGCAAAGAAGGGCCUGCCCCUUUACAGAUACAUCGCCGAGCUGGCUGGCAACAAGGACAUCGUCCUCCCGGUGCCGGCGUUCAACGUCAUCAACGGCGGGUCCCACGCGGGCAACAAGCUGGCCAUGCAGGAGUUCAUGAUUCUGCCGACUGGCGCCGCUAACUUCACCGAGGCUAUGAAGAUGGGCAGCGAGGUCUACCACCAUCUCAAGGCCGGCAUCAAGAAGAAGUUCGGCCUGGACGCGACCGCCGUCGGCGACGAGGGUGGCUUCGCGCCCAACAUCCUCGAGAACAAGGAAGCGUUGAACCUCAUCGUCGACGCCAUCAAGGUGGCCGGUUAUGAGGGGAAGAUCAAGAUCGGUAUGGACGUCGCUGCCUCCGAGUUUUACAAGAACGGCAAGUACGACCUCGACUUCAAGAACGAGAAGUCCGACCCCGCCCAGUACCUGGAGCCGGAGGCCCUGAAGAACCUCUACCUCGACUUCGUCAAGGAGUUCCCGAUCGUGUCCAUCGAGGAUCCCUUCGACCAGGACGGCUGGGACUCCUGGGCGGCCAUGACGGCGUCGACGCCCAUCCAGAUCGUCGGCGACGACCUGACCGUCACCAACCCUGAGAGGAUCAAGACGGCCAUCGAAAAGAAGGCGUGCAAUUGCCUGCUGCUCAAGGUGAACCAGAUCGGCAGCGUGACCGAGUCGAUCAAAGCGCACAAUCUGGCCAAGAGCAGCGGCUGGGGCACCAUGGUGUCUCACCGCUCCGGCGAGACCGAAGAUACCUUCAUUGCCGACCUGGUGGUCGGUCUGUCGACCGGGCAGAUCAAGACCGGCGCGCCCUGCCGGUCCGAGCGACUCGCCAAGUACAACCAGAUCCUGCGGAUCGAAGAGGAACUUGGCGCAGCCGCCAAGUUCGCCGGCGAGAAGUUCCGCAAUCCCUCCGCUUGACCGGUGGAUCCGUAAUCCACCGCUGGCGGCGCUGCCCGCCCGCCCGGGCGGCGCUAGGGCCGCCCGGGACCCUCCUCCCCGUGGACCCAGGAAGACGGAAUGCGGGAUGAAGCUCGUGACGUAUAAGGAGAGAAGCUUAUGACGUAUGCGGAAAGAAGCUCGUGACGUAUGCGGAGAGAAGCUCGUGACGUAUGCAGAAAGAAGCUCGUGACGUAUGCGGAGAGAUAGGGAUAUACCGAUACCACCAAAGUGUCGGUGCCUUCAUUUGCUACUGGUUUGCUACUUUUUUUAGUAGCUAAACCUUUUUUAGUAGUUAAACCAAACGAAAAAAAGCAUCGAUACAUACUCAGUACCGAAAAGAAAGUGUCGUUAUAUACUUGAUAUCGGAAAGAAAGUACAAAACUUAGAAUUGAACCGGUACAUACUCAAAAUCAAUACCUAGAAAAGACCUUUAUUUAUCACUUGCACCGAAAAGAAGUACUGAUACCUUUAUUCGUCACUUGCGCCGAUAAGGAGUACUCGAUACGUAUUUAGUAUCAGAAAAAAUGUCGAUACUAAUGAAUGUAUCUACUGAUACUCGUAUUUAUUUACUUGUCGGUUUAUCCCUUGGAACGAGUGACGGAUAUUUUCCGUUUCACGUGUUCUAAACGGAGAUAUACAGGAUUACAAGUGCCAUUGUCGUCGUGUACGAUUUUUAAGUUCUUAAAAACAAUGCACGGCACCGUUGCACAAUCUUUAUAUCUUUUAGUUCUGUGGUCCGUAUUCAUGCCUUACUUUUAGCGCUAAAAGACGUCUUUUGACUGCAGACAUUAAAGUACUAAAAAGCAGUUUUCAUCUGAAGCCUUUAAGAGGUUAUAUGUAAUUGUCAGGCGAAAUUCAAGAAUUUUGUUUUCACAACUAAAAUACAUUUUUCAAUCGGAAACAGAGCGUGAUUUCAUAGUCAAAUUAUUGAACUUAAUAUAUAAUUUUUUUUCUCGAGAUGUAUUAAAAUAUUGGCGAGGUACGGCAAUUCUCCAAAAGUUUUUUUUUUUACAGUGACCAUGAUAUCAAAAAGUAUUUCACCGAUCAGCUUGAACAUUUUUUUGGGCACAUUCUACACGUGGAGGACUGUUGAAAAAAGAAAGGAUUUUUCGAAAUCCCGAUUUUUACCAAAAUGGCAGGGAUAUUGCUGAAAAAUCACUUUUUUUCGUCUUAUAACAUUUCACUUUUCCUUAAUAAAACAGCAAGUUUUCAUAGAAAAAGAAAAGAAAAAAAAAAUCCUUCGUUCAUUCUGCAGUCCUCCAUGUGUAGAAUGAACCCUAAAAAUGUUAAACCGAUCGGUGAAAUAUUUUUUGAGAUAUCCUGGUCGCCGCAAAACAAAAAAAUAAUCUUUCAAAGAAUUGCCGUACGUCGCCAAUUUUUAAAUACAUCUUGACAAAGAAAAAAUGCUAUAUUAAGUUCAAUAAUUUUACCAUGAAAUCACGCUCCGUUUUCGAUUAAAAAAUGAAUUUUAUUUAUGAAAAGAAAAUUCUUGAACGUCGCCUACGACAACUGCAUAUAACUUCGUGAACGCCUAAAAGACGUAUUUUAAAAUUAAAUGUGAGGUAGGGGUACAAGCUUUUGGCUGACUUUCAUGUACAAAAUCGCACUUGUGGGUGUAGCAACGGAAAAUGGCCGACUUUUGGCUGACUUUCAUGUACAAAAUCGCACUUGUGGGUGUAACAGCGGAAAAUGGCCGCCACAGAUCCUUUCUCUUACGUCUCGAACUUUCGUCCCGUGUCUAGAAUCUAACUAGACCCCAUUCCUUUAUUCCUAGAUCCAUGUUUUCCCCUCUUCCGGACUCCACUACGUUCCCGAAGGAUCCACUGGCGCUUCUCUUCAUAAUCCUCGCCUGGAUCACUCGCACAAAGUUCCCGAGAUAUUUUCUCCAACUUCUAGGUUCCGCUUCGAACCGCAAACACUGGCGCCCUCUGGUGUUUAUCCUCGACAUAGUCGUCGCGUGGAUCGCAACCUACACUUAGUUUCAGUUCUCUAGAUUGUUACAAACAGAUGUAAUAACGAAUAAAGCGAGUUCUACGGAAUUAAA